GCAACGGAGCAGAGGAACACAACAACACAUUAGUGUGUACGGAAGUGAAGGAUGAUAUAAUUCGGGAGAUCACCUCCCGCUUGCCCUUGAAGUAUGCAGUUCAAUGUAAAGUUUUAAACAAGGAUUUUAAUAGAUGCAUUUCUGAUCCUGGGUUUUCCCAAUCUUCGCUCCAACAUGAAAUGGAUUGUUCUACACAACUCAUCUUUACAUCAAAUGGUUUAUUCAGAUAUUUCCACAAACUAUCCUUAAACCCAAUCCCAAUCACUCAUGGUGUGACGACUUUGCCCUAUGACAUUGAACUUUUAGCUUCAUGCAAGGGUCUAAUACUUUGAUGAAAUUAUGGUUUACUGUGUUUUCAAUCCGAUAACUGGAGCUCACCGAUUGAUACCGUACCCCGAGCCUACAACUUUUAUGAUGAUUGGUGAACCAGGCCUAGCUGUUUAUUAUCAUAGUUCAGACCACUAUAAAUUGGUAACCAUCAGUAAGAUGGUUGAAAAUUCCAAUUUGUUUUACAAAUUUCACGUACUUUCAUCAGUGCGAUCUGGCUUGUGGCAUGAAAUCCCACUGAAAAGCAAUACUUUCAGUGAUUUGGCCGUCGGUAGUCGACCUGUUUACUGGCGCGGUUCUCUGUAUUGGCUCAGAAGUGACGGUAGUGUUAUAGCUUUUGAUACAAAUAGAGAAGAGGGUAUAAUUCUUGACCGUCCAGAGUUUAUUGAUGAUUUUGGUAUCAUCUACGGUAAACUUUUGACAGGUCGUGAUAUGUGGUUAGGAGUAGCUCAAGGUUCACUUACACUUGUUUGCAUAUUCAAGAAGUCCAUUGUCAUUGCUGCUUAUGAGGAUGCAAGCAGCAGUUGGAACGUUUUCCACCCUCUGGACAACUUCCUUCCGGGUCCGGAUGGCUUUAUUAAUGGCUUUCCAAUCAUGAUUGACAACAAACAGGUGUUUUUUGCAGUAAAAGGUCCCCUGUCAAUUUAUCAUGAUCUUUACGAGUAUGAUACUGAGAUCAAUUGGGUUAGGAAAGCUGCAGGGUUGGGCCUAGUUGAUUAUCCCCUGCAUUCCUUCCAACCAACAUUAGCCAGCGUUCACGCAACGCCCUCGGAAAUUGUAAACAGUCAUCAUUUCUCAUAUAUCACUGCAAAGAUAGAUCAGAUCAGAAGAUAUAUUACCGAAGGUGUUUCCACAGUUGAAGAAGAAGACGACGAAAGUUCUUCAGAAGAAGAAGAAGAAUCAGAUGAAGAAAUAUUGUAAUAGACGUGGCUUCUGCCCAUCACUAUCUUCACCAUGAUUAUUUUCUGUUCAAGACCCUCGUGAUGACUUAAUUUAUGAGUAUUCUUUAGAAAAUUGCUAUUUGUUGACACCCAAUUUUGUCCCACCUUUCCUCCGAAAUAUCUAUUUUUCGCUUCUAAUAUUUUGGCAACUUUAAAAAAUAAUUAUUUGCAUUUUUUACUAUAAUUAUUAGCUUUUAUUAAUACCGACAUUUCAUUAUUCUGUCAUUAUCUUUUACUACCGUUACUACUACCAUUAUUAUUAUUAUUAUUAUUAUUAUUAUUAUU